AUGGUCUACACCGCUCACGUCUUGUCAGAGCGACUGGAGCCGCCGCUGACGAGCCUCUACCACAUGGAGCCACGAGAAUCUGGACCAGGGUCUAACCCCAGACCUGGACCUGCUCCCAGCUCUGUGUCUCUGAAAAGUGACCGGUCCAAAGGACAUGGUCCAGACUUCAGAGAAGAUGGUCCUGAAGAUCAGAGCCUCUACCACAUGGAGCCACGAGAAUCUGGACCAGGGUCUAACCCCAGACCUGGACCUGCUCCCAGCUCUGUGUCUCUGAAAAGGGACCUGUGCAAAGAUCCUCCUCCAGACUUCAGAGAAGAUGGUCCUGAAGAUCAGAGGUGA